AUGAAGCGGUCUCUGCUCCUGCUGGCCUUGCUGGUGACAGAGCUGGGCUUCCACACAGCCCAGAGUUGUCCGGUGUUUUAUGGCAUCUUUGGAGCUUUGGCCUCUGGGAGCCAGAUCGCCUUGAACGCCUCCCUGGCGGGAGUGAGCGCCACCGAGGAGGAAAAGGCGGCCUUCGGGAAGAUCCAGGAGUGCUACAACGAGGCGGGACUGCUAGGGAAGCUCCUGGAUUUCCUUGUCAUGGGCACCAUCACCACCAGCUCAGAAUGCAAGCUGUUUUAUACCAAGUCGCUCACUCCAUUUGGGUCUUAG